CUCCGAUAACAUCACCACUACACAACACCGCAUCAACAACACAAACAAAAACAAUGCCGGCGCCAGAAACCCCAACAGAGCUCUUCAAGCAAGUGCAAUCGCUCUUUGAGACGACCUCACUGGGCGCAGACAAAUGGUACAUCCUGCUUACUGCCUGUCUGUCCGCGAGCCCGGACCCCGAACUUGCCGCCGACCUCUAUUCAUACAUCAUCACUCUACCGGAUUAUCAGACCACGGCGCAGCGGCAGGUGCUCAUUCGACGCAUUCGUGAAUCACUCUUCAAAUCAGCAAUCCUUGUCGGCGUGCCAAAGCCCAUUGAAGCCAUCCUCGCCAUUGCCGCCGUCGAGCAGCCCGCAGAUAGAGACUACAACACGACGCGUGAAACGUGGCAGACAGGCACUGAGAACCGUCAGCGUGCCACAGAAUGGUUUAAGCGCAUUUAUACGCGCAAUGCAGCGGAUACGGUUGGUCUAUUUGAUGCGCACAAGGACUUUGCGUGGAUGUCGCUAGAGGUGACGUAUGGCUUGUUCCUGUCAGAUCGCCAGGUGCUGGGGGACGUGGAGUCGGAGUUGGUGACGCUGCCCGCGAUUAUGAUGCAGAAUCUUCCGAAUGAGACGCACUGGCAUAUUCGCGGUACGAGGCGGAUUGGCGUGGCCAAGGGGGAUGUGCAGAUGAUUUGGGAUGCGGUGACGCUUGUGGCGGGGUAUUUUGGUAUCAAGCUGACCAAGGUGCCGACGGUGGAUGAAGUCGAGCCAGGCGUGCUUUAGGGGCUUAUGAAUUCAGUAUGAAGAGAUGGCAAUAGAGUGAAAAUAGGCGAUGUACAACGCUUGCGAUAGAAGACCUAUGACAGUGCUCCAAUGAGAUAUGUUGCGAAAAUACUUUGUUAAUGUGAACAAAACUCUAUAAUAAUAGGUCUAAAUUUGCUAUCUAAUCCCUUUUACUAGCG